AUGCUGCUGGCUGCGCUGCUACUAUGGCUGCUCCAGUGCCCCCUGGAGCCCUGGUCUGCCCACGCGCACCCCCUGUACACGCGCCUCCCCCCCAGCACCCUGCAAGUUCUGUCGGCCCAGGGGACGCAGGCCUUGCAGGCUGCCCAGAGGAGCGCCCAGCGGGCGGUGAAGCGGGUGGCCACGGAGCUCCAGCUCAAACUGCAUGAGUGUCGAGGACCUGGACACCCCAGGCCCCAAGCCCCCCUCCUCCAGGACCCACCUGAGCCAGGGCCUUGCGGCGAAAGGCGGCCGGCAGCUGCCAACGUGACCCGGGCUCACGGCCGCAUCGUCGGGGGCAGCGCGGCUCCGCCCGGGGCUUGGCCCUGGCUGGUGCGGCUGCAGCUCGGCGGGCAGCCUCUGUGCGGCGGCGUCCUGGUGGCGGCCUCCUGGGUGCUGACGGCGGCGCACUGCUUCGCCGGCGCCUCAAAUGAGCUCCUGUGGACCGUGGUGCUGGCCGAGGGGCCCCGGGGGGAGCCGGCGGAGGAGGUGCCGGUGAACCGCAUCCUGUCCCACCCCAAGUUUGACCCGCAGACUUUCCACAGUGACCUGGCCCUCGUGCAGCUGUGGACGCCCGUGAGCCCGGCGGGGCCCGCGCGCCCCGUGUGCCUGCCCCAGGCGUCCCCGGAGCCCCCUGCCGGCACUCCCUGCGCCAUCGCAGGCUGGGGGGCCCUCUUCGAAGACGGGCCUGAGGCUGAGGCAGUGAGGGAGGCCCGCGUCCCGCUGCUCAGCCCUGACACUUGCCAAAGGGCGCUGGGGCCCGGGCUGCGCCCCAGCUCCAUGCUCUGCGCAGGUUACCUGGCGGGUGGCAUCGACUCGUGCCAGGGUGACUCUGGAGGCCCCCUAACCUGUUCUGAGCCUGGUCCGCGUCCCAGGGAGGUUCUCUUUGGAGUCACCUCCUGGGGGGAUGGCUGCGGGGAGCCAGGAAAGCCCGGGGUCUACACCCGCGUGGCUGUGUUCAAAGACUGGCUCCAGCAGCAGAUGACGGCCCCUUCCACGCGCGAGCCCAGCUGCAUGGAGCUUCUGGCCCAGGACCCGCCCGAGGAAUACCCAGCCGACGCCCGGCUCUGCGCCUUCUACGCGCGCCGAUGCCCGCUGCCCGAAGGCGCCUGUGCGCGCCUGGCCCGCCAGCAGUGCCUGCAGCGCCGGCGGCGGUGUGCCCCAGCCCUGGCCCGCCCCGCUCCGUCGCUGUGGGAGUCCCCGGAGUCGGCAGCCCGCGAGCAGCGGCUGGACUCAGGACCGCGGGCUGCGAGGGUGCGGUUCCAGAAGCGAAGGCCAGAGCCCCGCGAGAGCACGAGCGGCUGCCCUGGGCUGGAGCCCCUGCGACAGAAGUUGGCCGCCCUUCAGGGUUCCCAUGCCUGGAUCCUGCAGGUCCCUUCCGAGCGGCUGGCCAUGCACUUCCAGGAGGUGCUGGCUGACUUGAGCUCCAAGACACUGACAGGGCUUUUCAGAGCGUGGGUGCAGGCAGGCCUGGGGGGCCGCCGCGUGGCCUUCAGUGGCCUGGUGGGCCUGGAGCCGGCCACACUGGCUCGAAGCCUGCCAAGGCUGCUGGUGCAGGCCCUGCAGGCCUUCCGCUCAGCUGCCCUGGCUGAGGGCAAACCUCUGGGGCUGGAAGUGGGGAGGAAGGGGGUUGCCCCCGGCCAGCUGCCACAGAGGGCACCCACUGCUCCCAGGAGCUAGGAGAGCCGGGAGCAUCUGACAAAUGUCACUGUCCCCAUGGACCGCACCUGUGGGCAGGAGGGGUCCUGUGUCUUCCCAGAUGUGUGAUCAGAGACUCAUAGCUGCUUUAAUAAAAUUAUUUAUAAGCCACGGAGACACUGGCGCUUCUUUGGAAUGCAGAACGGGGUGGGUGAACAUCUGAUGGCUGGGGCAGUCUCCAGAAG